AUGAAAAAAAGCGUUUCCUUGAAGGAGUUUUCGACCACUCCAACAGUAUCAUACAUGCUCAGAAAGGACGGACACAACUUAGCUGAGGUUCGGGGCAACAACAGCAAUAGCCUAAAUGGCAGUGUCAAUGGACCGCGCUCUCCUCCGCCUGUAUUUCACAAGGAGGAGAAGCCACCGCAGUCAGACAACAACAGCGAGUUGGAUGUCAUGUAUGACAUGGAGUGA